CAUCGAUUUCCAUCCAUUUGUUCUGUAUAGUCAUUCUUUACACCACCAUGGCACCAUCCACUCGCUCCAUCCUCUUCACCUCGCUCCUCACCAUCCCCUCCCUCAUCCUCGCCCAAAAGACAGCCUUCCUGGAAGACUUCGCCAUCCUCGACGAAAAAGACGAGCGGAAGCCGCCCUUCGCAGCCAGCACAGUAAACAAAUGGGACGCCGGGUCCUACCCCCAAUUCUGCUACGACACCGCCAACGCCGCAAAAGGCACAGACGAUCCGCGCCGAAACUGCGAAAUCGCUAAUGUCGAAGUCUUCGACGUUGCAUAUGCCGACUGCCCCGACAAGCCAUGGACUGUGUGUCGCUGCACAGACGCGCAGCUCAGCGUCGACCAGAUGGUGAAUGCAUUCGGACGCGUUCCCCCCGGCGUGCGCAGCCAUGUCGUCCACAUCUUCAUCCUUGACGGGAGCCGUCCAGAUGGCUCGAUCGGCAAGUCCGGCGGCUCAAACAACGACCGCUUCGUCAUCCGCGGGCCCAUCGACGACGCAGCCUUCGCGCACGAAUCCUUUCAUUCUGUCGACAAGGGCUUUUCCUCCCAAUCUACGUUUACUGAUGCGUACGACGCCGACUCCUGUGUGCCGGAUAACUACGCGAACUCUAGUCCGGCCGAGGACUUUGCGCAGCUUGGGACAUGGCUGGACUAUGAUAUAAAUGGCGUGCCGAUCUCGAGCUAUUUGGAUAAGGACCAAGGUUGUAUGAAGAACCAGUUGGAGGCGGUGAGGGCGUAUGCCACGCAGUAUAUUGAUCUGAAUACGAGUGAGUGUUUUGAUAGGAGGCCGAAUGAUGGGAAUGUUACACCGGCUGCGUCUACUGGUGUUAAAGCCCUAGAUGUCGAUGAUGGACCUGCGCCUCCGAUUACGUUUGAGUUUGAGGAUGAAUGGUAGACUGGUUCUUGAAUAUGCUGGAGCUAGAUCGACGGAUUGGCGCGGCGGUAGUGGAGGAAUUUGGUGGUUGAUUCUCUCGCGCAUAGAUUUCCCUAAUAUUUUCCCUAUGGCUCGCUGGGAGGUGCAG